GCUUUCAGCCUGCGAACUCGACAUUUGGCAUCUAUGGCUUAUAUCCUACUAUACUAAUUGCUGCACCUGAUGCUCGCCGCUUGGGCACACUUUCAGAGAAAGCUACAAAAUUAAUGCUUAUCUCAUUUCACGGCAUAUCUCACAAAGUUGAAUCAUUUCGAUGGCAUGAAUUUCGUCGCCUUUUAGGCCACGAAAUUAAUGCUUAUUUCGUUUCAAAUUACUAUUUACAAGUUAGAUUAAAU